CUGCAGAGGGGAAAGGAGGCGGAAGAAGUGGAAGAAGUGCUCUGCUCCUGGACUAAACUCUUUUCACCUCUCCUUGCUUCUCCAGUGAGCUGCUGCUAAGAUCUCCUUUUGAUCUCUGCACCUGUUGCAACUCAUCAGCCAGGUGAAGGGGAUUAUAUCUCUCUCAGCCAUUACUUUUUCAGCUGUCGUUCCAGGAGAGCUGUGGAUCUCAUUUAGUUAAAUUGCAGGACAAUUGGACUGCUCUGCCUCCCUCUUCCUCCCUCCCUCACUAUUUUCUUCUCUCUGUGUCCAGCCCUGCCUCAUGCUCUGAGUGAGUCUGUGUCUGGCUGUGGCUUGGAGCUCCAGAAUCUUCCUCACCGGAGAGAAGGCAUGGAACACUAGAGUAGAAAACUGAGAGGUAGAAUUCUGUGAUAUAAUUCAGAUAUAGAACACUUCGGUAGAAUUUCUGAGUAGCUUUCUGAGCUGGAACUUCUAGCAAGAUUUUGGGAAAUCUGAACUAGAAUACAGAGCUGGAAUACUUAAUCGGAACACUGAGCUGGAACUUUUCAGUGGAACAUUGAGGUAGAAUCCUGAGGCAGGUAGAGUAAGGAGGAUGGGAGGUCAUACUGCAGUGGUGUGUUUGGUUCUGCUGGCCCUAUUCUGUGUGCUACUGCCCAGAGCAGGGGAGAGUGCAGGAGGCAUUGUCUCUUUAGGCCAGGCUGUAGAGGAGAUAGGGAUGGAGGCCCUAUAUAGACAGGAGUCCCAGGAUGAACCAGUUAAAGAAGAGGAUCUCACAGAGACACAAAGCCAGACUAGCAAGGAAAAGAGAGCCACAGAGGAGGAUGCCCUACCAGCCAGGGUCAGGAGAGCCGAAGAGGAAGAGGAGGGCAAAGGGGAUAAAAAGAAGGGCAAGAAAGACAAGAAAGACAAGAAAGACAAGAAAGACAAGAAGAACAAGGAGCCCAAAGUGCCCAAGGCCACCAAGAAGCCUAAAGCAGACAAAAAGCCAAAGAAGGGCAAAGAAAAGGAGCCACGGACAGAAGCACCUACAACUCCACCACCCACAACUACCACACUACCACCUACAACUACCACACCACCACCUACAACUACUACAGAGGUGUACACAGAAGCAGCUCCCACAGAACCUGACCCAUACCCAGACUACCCCUACCCAGACAACGAGGAUGACUACUGGAAGCCAGAUGAGGAGGAGCCCGCAGGCCCAGUGGUCGACCCAGAAGAUGACUAUUGGAAGGGAGAGGACCCAAUGGCCACGCCCCCCACUCCUGUGGUGGAUGGAAAGGUGGACAAGGGAGACGAGGACUACUGGGACGCCAGAUACGAGGUGCCCGAGAAUCUUCCUUUCCCUGAUGGUAAAGAGGUCGUCCCCACAGAGAAAGAUGACUGGAGCUACGCUGUUACAGAGGAGCUUGUUACACCACCACCCACCUAUGAAAGCCCAUGGUACGAGGAGUAUGACUACGGCCAUAGUGGUGGACAGACGAAAAAACAGGAGGAGAGAGAGAACCAAAGGAAAGAAAAGGAGAGAGAGGAUAGAGAGAGAGCUCAGCAGAGGAGGGAAGAGGAAGAGAGGGCCAAAGCCAAGAAGAGACCACACGUAUUCAAGGAACCCAAAAAGUGUCCUCCCCUGGGUAUGGAGUCUCAUAGGAUAGAAUCAGACCAGCUGCUGGCCUCCUCCAUGUCUCACUACCGCUACAGCCAAGCCAGGGCACGACUCAACAUACAGGCUUCGGAUGAUGAGGAGGACAUGCAUGGUGGGGCGUGGUGUCCUAACCCAGAGGACAAUAUUCACUGGUUUGAGAUGGACGCUCGCAGAGCAACAGAGUUUACUGGGAUCAUAACACAGGGACGAGACUCACGCAACGAGAGUGACUUUGUGACAUCGUACUACGUGCAAUUCAGUAAUGACAGCAGAGAAUGGAAAACCAUCCAUGACGGUUACUCUGAUUGGUUGUUUUUUGGUAACUCUGAUAAGGAUACCCCUGUGCUGAAUCAGUUAGCUGAGCCCAUACUAGCACGCUACAUCAGAGUUAUCCCUCAGAGCUGGAAUGGUAGUUGCUGUAUGAGGCUGGAGGUACUAGGCUGCCCACUGCCUGACCCCACCAGUGCCUACCAGAGGCUGCAGAAUGAGGUGACUCCCGUCCAGUACCUGGACUUCAGACAUCACAACUACUCAGACAUGGUCACGAUGAUGAAGUCUGUGUCUGAGGAGUGUCCCAACAUCACCAGUAUGUACAGCCUGGGUCGCAGCUCCAACGGACUGGACAUCCUGGCCAUGGUGAUAUCAGGCAACCCCACAGAACACGAGAUAGGUGAGCCGGAGUUCCGCUACACGGCCGGUCUCCAUGGAAACGAGGCGACGGGGCGGGAGAUGGUUCUUCUUCUGUUGCAGUACCUGUGUAAGGAGUACAAUGAUGGCAACCCCAGAGUGCGCCGCCUGGUGGAGGGGAAUCGUAUCCACCUGGUGCCCUCACUCAACCCUGAUGGGCAGGAGAAGGCCCUCACAGUGGGUUCCGAGCUGAGUGGUUGGACAACAGGCCACUGGACGGAGGACGGCCAUGACAUCUUCCAGAACUUCCCUGACCUGAACAGGGUUUUGUGGGAGGCCGAGGACAAGGGCAUGGUGCCCAAACUGACCCCCAAUCACCAUGUCAAGAUCCCUGCAGAUCAAGAGGGGGAUGACAGGAUUGCUGUGGAGACUCGAGCCAUCAUCUUGUGGAUGGAGAGCCACCCAUUCGUACUGGGGGCCAACUUCCAGGGGGGAGAGAGGUUUGUGGCGUACCCCUACGACAAUCACCGCCUAACCAAGACCGCCGGCGCCAGCACCAGAGAGGGCAAGAUAGAGAGGGCACAGAGCCGCAAGAAGAGACAGUACGAGGAGUUUGAGGAGCCGGUGGAAGAUCAUAGAAACAGGGGAUACCAGCAGCCAGAAGAAGACCAGUGGAACAGGGGAUACCAGCAGCCGGAAGAGGAUCAGUGGAUCAUGGGAUACCAGCAGCCAGAAGAAGACCAGUGGAACAGGGGAUACCAGCAGCCAGAAGAAGACCAGUGGAACAGGGGAUACCAGCAGCGAGAAGAAGACCAGUAUAACAGGAGAUACCAGCAGCCGGAGGAGGAGUGGAGGGGACAUGGCUAUGGCCACAGGGAAGAGGAAGAGGAGGAUGACAGAGGGAGAGGGGGGUACGCAGAGCCUGAGGAUGAACCCAGGGCCACAGCAGACGCCUCCUUUUUCAGGUGGUUGGCCAUCUCUUAUGCCUCUACUCACCUGUCGAUGACAUACACUUCCCACGGCUCCUGUCACGGCGAUGACAUCACUGGAGGCAUUGGAAUCGUCAAUCGCGCCAAGUGGCAGCCCGUCACAGGAAGUAUGAAUGACUUCAGCUACCUGCACACUAACUGUCUGGAGCUGUCAGUGUUCCUGGGCUGUGAUAAGUUCCCCCAUCAGAGUGAGUUGGUCAUUGAGUGGGAGAAGAACAGAGAGGCCAUGCUCACCUUCAUGGAGCAGGUGCAGCGUGGGAUCAGGGGCGUGGUAAAAGACAAUGAGGGGAACCCCAUCGCUAAUGCUACAGUUUCUGUAGAGGGGAUCAACCAUGAUGUCUCUACAGCUGUAACAGGGGACUACUGGCGCUUGUUGAACCCAGGUGAGUACCGUGUGACGGUGCGGGCAGAAGGCUUCGCCCCCCUGACCAAGCUGUGUGUGGUGGGCUACGAGGCAGGGGCAACUACCUGCAGCUUUAACCUGGCCAAGUCCAACUGGGACCGCAUCAAACAAAUCAUGGCCCUGCACGGCAACAAGCCCAUACGCCUGCUCAGCCACGGCAACGGCGGAACAAGACGGAACACGGUCUCCAAUGGUAACAGGCAUGUGGAGAAACCCAGAUCUCAACUCAUGAUUUCUUCUGAGACGCGUCACAUGCAAAGGCAAGUGAUAGGGCUCGACCGCCCCCCUCAUCGACGUCAACAGAGACGACAAAAACGUUGCCCCCGACGACCACGCCGGUUCCCACGACAGCAGAGGCGGAGCCCACCACUGCUUGGUAUGACUCGUGGUUCAUAGGAGAGGGGCAAACGUCGGCACCGGAAAGUUUCACGGACUCCAUCUUCGAUUACAAAUACGAGUACAAGAUCGACGAUUACUAAACUAAACACCAAGGCCUUGUUCCAAUACAUUUCCAAUACAUCCUUCUUCCCCACUUCCUUGAAAAAAUCAAGGUAGGAAGGGAGGAAGUAUGCAUUCUAAGGUAUUUGAACAGGACCGAUGUCAUAGUCCUGAGCCCAGGCUGUUAACUCAAUUCUUAGAGUAGACAACUAAGUGACCCCUUAAAGGGAUAUUUGGGAUUUUGGCAAUGAUGCCCUUUAUCUACUUCCCCAGAGUCAGAGGAACUCGUAGAUAUGAUUUUUAUGUCUCUGUGUCAAG